UACCCUUUUGUUUCAGUGCUUUAUCACAAACAAACACCCCUCCUGCUGAACGUAAAUAUGGUACAUACUUGCGUGUUUUCUGUCAUUUACAUUAGAAUAUCUGGUAGUUCAAUAAACCAGUGAUUUUUGCAGUGGGAGGUGGCAAGGCCCUUACUAGAAACUGUGGAACAUAAAAGAGUUGCUUUGGGUGGAUGAUGCUCAGAGAUACUAUGAAGUCUUGGAGCGACAGCCAGUCAGACCUCUACAGCAGCGACCAAGAAGAGGAAGAACAGAUGAUUUUUGGAGAAAAUGAAGAUGAUUUGGAAGAAAUGAUGGAUUUAAGUGACUUGCCUACCUCCCUGUUUGCUUGCAGUGUUCAUGAAGCUGUGUUUGAGGUACAGGAAGAAAAGGAAAGAUUUGAAGCUCUUUUCACAGUCUAUGAUAAUCAAGUCACAUUCCAGUCGUUUAAAAGCUUUAGAAGAGUAAGGAUAAACUUCAGCAAUCCAGAGGCAGCAGCAAGAGCACGGAUAGAACUUCAUGAAACUGACUUCAGUGGAAAAAAGCUGAAGCUAUAUUUUGCACAGGUACAAGUGUCCAGUGAAUUAAGAGACAAGUCCUACCUUCUUCCUCCACAGCCUGUUAAACAGUUUCUGAUAUCACCACCUGCAUCUCCACCAGUUGGAUGGAAACAGAGUGAAGAUGCAACUCCGCUGAUAAACUAUGACCUGCUUUGUGCUGUCUCCAAGUUGGGGCCGGGGGAGAAGUAUGAACUUCAUGCAGGAACAGAAUCAACUCCUAGUGUAGUUGUCCAUGUCUGUGAAAGUGAGACAGAAGAGGAAGAUGAAAUUAAAAAUCCCAAACAGAAGAUCAUGCAGACAAGGCGUCCAGAACCACCUGCAACAAUACUGAAUGAAUCUAAAGCGUUUGAUUGUACACUGGAGGUAGGGGGUACUAUGCACUGUUAAACUGUGAUGCUCAGGAUAGUAUCAAAAAUCAGACACUUAAUGAGUACAUGUGUUGAUGUCUGUAGUGCUGCUAUAUAUUACAUAUAGCGGCAAUGGAUUUUACUUGUAGUUGUCUCUCAUGUUCAAGAUUUUGGAUGCCAAUGCUCUAAAAGCACUUUAAUUUUAAGGACUAGUCCCCCAAGUGUAGCAAAUCUACCUGACUUGCAAUAGUGAAAAGUAGGAAGUUUAGGGUUUUUCUUUUUUUGAAGAUGUUACCUUCUCUUUAUACUGUGAAGUGUGAUGUACCAAGUGCUGAAAUAAUAUCUUACUGUCAGUAUUGGAUUCAAGAAAGUUCUUUGUAUAUCAAUUGAAAACCGAUGUGUGCUGGUACAACAACUUCUAACUCAUGUAAAAAUUAAAUGGAAGUGAAGAAUACUCUUCAUGCUAAAAUUCCUUCCCGGCCAGUAACCUUCUGAAGUGUGGAAGUUAAUGCUUGCUUUUCUCAGAUAUGUUUUUAAUUUGACAUGAGGCACAAAUACAUGUAUGGAACUAAAUUCUGUGUAGUUAACAGAACUACUUGAAGAGUACAGGAGGAAGAACCACAGGCCACUAAAAGACAGACUGUGAGUCUGUCCCCAACACUACUGCUGCUAUCUGAUGGUACAGUGGUUUGCACUGACAUCUAAUUAAGAGUGAAUUACAACAUGCAGAGUGAAAUAGGGAUUCAGCUAUUGAAUGUGUUGUCUCUGAUCCUCUCUAAAAGUAUGGUAAUGUUUGUUCCUCUCCAGUUCUAGAGAUGGCCUCCAUUUA